AUGUACCUGUCCUUCAAGGCAGGCGAGGUUAUCCGCGUACACGGCCGCGACCCGUCUGGGUGGUGGGACGGCGAGGUAGCCUUUGAGGAAGAUGGGAUUAGGAAAUCCCGCAGAGGCUGGUUCCCGAGCAAUUACGUGCGAGAGCUCGAGUGGGACGAGGUGAGUUACAAGACCCUGCAUGUUGCUGAUGAACAACAGCUUCUGCGUCGACCGGAACGACCAGCUGCCGAGCCCGCCGGAAUCCUUCGAAGCAGGCGAGGCUCAGUUGCGUCACAUGAAUCGCCGACGACCUCUCACCAAUCUCACAGUUCUUCCUCCCGACUAACGACUCCUUUACUCGAUGGCUCACUACCGCCGGCGCUGCAAGCGCUCCUGCAGCCCGUCAUGCAAACGCUAUCGCUCCUCCACUCUUCCGUGUCUGCAGACAGACGACGACACAUCACACCCUCCGCUGCGCAAGUUAUCGCGGCGAUCCGACAGACGCUGCUUCGCAUGGACUGUCUCAGCAAGGACUCGGCAACGCUGGCGGCACACCCGGCACUGGGACAGCAACGACGAGAUGUCCUCGCCGAGCUUAGCAAGCUCGUAUCUGCCGCCAAGCAAGCAGGCAGCGAGGAAACGCGGCCUGACGACGAUGCGUCCCUUGAAGCUACGUCCCGAGCGGCUGACCGCGUGUUCAACUCGAUCCGGGGCUUCCUGCAGUGCGCCGGCGAGAUGGGCGUGUCGGUGCUGCCAUUAGCAACCGAUGGAGACCGACAGGGUUCGGACCCGGCUGGCCCCAGUAGCAGCAGGCGACUAUCGCGAGCCCGCGCGCCGUCGGGAUCUGGCUCUCGAGGAAGCAGGAUACCGGCAAGCGAGUCGAUGCGGUUAAAGUCCGCAAGUGUCAGCGACCUGCGCGGUUCUGCGCGGCGACAGGCGUCAAACUCGAGCCCACCGCCGCCUAUGCCGAACGCGAGCAUGUCUGCCGGACCGCCCUCCGCUUCGCGGUUCUCUGGGAGGUCUCCGUCCACGACGUCUGGCAGGUCGUCUCCAGGACGGGCACGCCGUACGUCGCGGGUGCGACACCACCGCUCCCAGUCCUUUGACUUUGAGCAGGACAAUACCGAGACCGACAUCGAAAGCGCUUCUCAAAGCACGCACGGAACGCACAGCACGCACCAGACGCAUGUCACCCCGAUGGUCAACCCCGCCGCCAGGGCGACCGAGGGCGAGGCACUCUACAAACAAUACUCGACAGGACGCGCCGUGCACGAGGCUAUCACUGCAGCCGAGGACGCCUUAUUGUCUAUCAUUGCGAGUUUCAUCGGCCACAUCCACUCUCACCAUUUCGAUUCUCACCCAUCAACACACGCAUACCUGAUCGAGCUCACUCGGGAAACCGUUGACCGCGUCCGAGACCUGCUCACGAUUGUCGAAGUUGCGGGGCAACAGGCGUCCCUGCUGGGGAUGCACCAGCGCGAGAUUCCGACUCUCCGCAGCGCUCGCGAAAGCCUGUACGAGGCUGCAGAGCAGCUCGUCGAGUCGGCCGAAUCCGUGUCUCGGACGUUCAACCAGCAUCUCGGGGAAGAGGCGUACGAGGCGGAGAAGGCGCAGCUGCUCGUCCGCACGACCAAGACGCUCAAGGCAGGCACCGAAUGCUCCGAAGUCGUCAAACGGAUAGUACCGGAGGACAACACAGAGCCCGACUUUGACUCGCCCGACCUCAAUAUGGCUGGCGUCGGCUACUCGCCCCGGAAGGGCUAUGCUGCCAUUGGUCUCGGCAUCCGGAGCGGCCCGGGCUCGCUGCAGAGCCUCACACGUCGUGCGACCAGCCUCGGCCAGCUGCACCGCCGCUACAACCACGACGGCGCCGGCCGCGUUAGCAUGCCUCCCGCCAAGGGCGACGAGGACGAGGAAGGCGAGGAGGAGAUUGUUGAGGACGCGAGCAGUUCGGACGAGGAGGCGGACGAGUCUACUGAGACCGCGUCCACCGGCCGCCGGGGCAUGCGUCCCAUCUCUCACCCCUCGCAACCCGCCGUUGGCCACGUCCAGCGCCGCAGCAUGGACUCGGGCCACCCCCGCUCGCGUUCAAGCAGCAUCCGCUCCUCGCAGGUUCUCGGCGACAGGCGCUCGAUGGACACAACCUACACCGGCGAGCUCAAGACGGAGGAAAGGGAGACGACUGCCAUCUCGCACCGCGACUCUGUCCACGCUUCGGUCCGUACUUCCACCACCUCGCACGUCGCCUCUUCGCUUCUGCAGUCUGCCAGCUCGACCGGUCUCAGCGAGAUCACCACGACGCCUUCACUUUCCGAGUCUGGCACGACCCAGGUUGACUCGCCAAAGGAUGCCGAUGGCAAGGCGGUCACCCGCCACACGCCACCGACGCCUCGCACCGGACAGUCCAUUGACGCCAACGACCCGGCCGGUGGUGAUGUUCGCUUCUGGGUCGUAUCACACGACUACGAUCCCGUCGAGGUUGCUUACAAUUCGGAUGGCAUCCUUGUCGGUGGUACUCUGCGUGUUCUCGUCGAGAAGCUCACGCCGCACGAUGGCCCGACCGACCACAACUUCAUGUCGACGUUCUGGUACACGUUCCGUCUGUUCUCGAACCCUACCGAGUUCCUCAACGCGCUCAUCGCUCGCUACGACCUCAAGCCUCCUCCUGCGCUGCAGGGGGUUGGGCACGAGCAGUACCACAUGUGGGUCGAGCGCAAGCUCAAGCCCGUGCGCAUCCGUGUCUGCAAUGUGCUCAAGGUCUGGCUCGACCAGCACUGGCGACCCGACUCUGACAAUGCGGUGCUCGACACGAUGGAGGAGUUCUUCCUCAAGCGCGCGAACGACCAGGUCACCCCCUCUCUGGCGGCACCCGGCGGACGCGUCGCCGAGCUCGUGCGCAAGCGCAAGGAGCCUUCGGCGACGUCGUCCGACUCGGCUAGCAACGCCCCAGGUACGAAGCAGACUUCGUUUGACCGCAUCCGCAACAGCGCCUUCCCUGGCCGUUUCACGACGCCCGCGGUCAGCACGAUGCCGAACUCGAACAUCUCCAAGGCGCUCAUGAACACGCUCAUGAAGAACCCGGCGCCGACGGCUGUGUCUUUGACGGACUUUGACACGCUCGAGCUUGCGCGCCAAUUCUGCAUCAUGGAGAGCAAGCUGUUCCAGGCAAUCGCGCCCGAGGACCUGCUCAUGUCUGGACGCAAGCAGGUGCCUGCGCUCAAGGCGCUGUCGACGGUCAGCAACCAGAUCAUCGGAUGGGUCACGGACGGCAUCCUGAACGAGCAGGACGCAAAGCACCGUGCGGCGUUACUCAAGUUCUACAUCAAGCUCGCGGACAAGUGCUUAUCGCUGAACAACUUUUCGACCAUGUUCGCGGUGCUUGGCGGCCUGAACAGCGCGACAAUCUUGCGUCUGAAGAAGACGUGGGACGCGCUCAACGUCAAGUACCGCAAUGUGAUGGAGAAGCUGCGCGCGGUCAUCGAUCACACGAAGAACCACCGCGCAUACCGCGAGGCGCUGCGCGCCGCGACGGCAAAGGACGAGCCCGUACUUCCGUUCCUGGGUCUGAUCCUGACGGACAUCACUUUCACGCAGGAGGGCAACCCGAACACGCGGCCGAGCACGCUGUCGCCCGAGCUCCAGCUCAUCAACACGGACAAGUACGCCAAGCUGGGCCGCAUCGCGAACGAGUUCAAGAACUACCAGCGCUCGUUCGAAUACCGCGAGAUCGAGUGCGUGCAGACCUUCCUGCAGCGCGCGCUCACGGAGCGCGGCUCGGGCUCGCUCGACGCGCUUUACCGCAAGAGUCUGCUGCUUGAGCCGAGGCAGAACAGCGAGCGUCUCAACAACAUGGUCGAGAAGCCCGGAUGGCUGGGUGCGAGGUUAACAAACCUGUAG